AUGCCUAGCUCUACCUCUCGUUCUCGUUCUCGUGAAAACGAAAUCCGUCGAUAUCGAAGCAAUCCUCGUGCUUCUUUGGAUUCUCGCGUUGAGAAUGUGUGGUUUCUUUGUCGCCAGCUCGACAUAGCUGUUCGCGUGGUCGAUCUCGAGGCCGUUUGCGUGUUCGAUCUCGAAGCCGAUCGCAUGAUCGAUCUCAUAGCCGAUCGCGUGAGCAUUCUAGCUCGGUUUCUUCACGAAGUUCCAGAUCUCCACGGCGUAAUCGACGGUCGCGUUCCAGAUCUUCUACACGCAGUUACCGUUCACCUGCCAGUACUGCACGACGAAGUGAUCGUUUACGUUCACGGUCCCCGCUUCGUAGGCGAUACAGAUUCCCCAGUAGUGAUCGCAUUAGGGCUCCUUGUCGGUCUCUUGCUUCAGAUACGGCUACUGUGCAUUCCCGUGAAAAAUUCCGUUCUCUUCGCUCGUGGAUGUUAA